CAGUUCAUUCAAGAAUUUCGCAAAAGUAACAUGGCCCAGUCAAGAGAAAAGGCCAAAAUCGCACAAAGUGACUAAUUCGAAAACGAUAGCAUGGAUCCCCAAAAUGCCUGCACUCCUCCGCACCACAUCCUAGGCUAUACAAUAAGAUCGCGCACCCGCAUUUAUGUGUCCUUCAUCAUACCAAGUGUACUCGAAUUGCUGGUCUACAUUGCCCAGAUCACCUCUGACUGUGCUGUGAGUUUUCAGCAUUUCAGAUCGCGCCAAUCGGAUUUCGGCUGGGCCACAUUCACAUUAAUUUUAAUACCUCCGUUUCUCAGCUUUAUAAUAGUUUUAAGUUCAAAAGCACAAUGGGAACAACCGAUUCGUGAUGGAACUCGUCUCAAGUUUGUUGGCACGCAAUUGAUGCAUAUGGUGUUUUUCCCAUUUUUUGUCAUCUAUCGCUUCUCAACAAGUAUAUUCUGGUCUAUUGAGGCUUUAUUCCAUGACGACAAUGAUGAAGAGCGCAUGAAGUGCCUAGAGAAGGCAGAGGAAUCAUCCACAUUUGAAUUGUAUCGACUUAUACAGGCUUACGGUCAAUCGGCUCCACAAAUUAUUUUGCAAAUGUAUCAUAUGCUCACGCAAGACCUCUUUCGAAAUUUCCGAACAACAAAUGCCCAAGCCCUCAGUCUGGCAUUCUCAGCCAUAGAUUUGGCCUCAAUAACAACCACCUAUCAGCGUUUCGAAAGUCAAAAACAAGUGGGACGUCAUUAUCCCUGGUCAACGCCGAAGCAGAAACAACAGAAACAGCAGCUUAUUGCCAAGAACCGGCUGCUGCAGGAAGAAUGUCUGCGCAAGAAGCGACAGUCGGAGAGGUCCCUAACUAAGUUUCCAGAAUCUGAUAAAAUCAUGGAAAACUUCAAUAAACGCCUCUCCAACAGACCACAAAAUAAUCAUGAAAGUGAACUUUCAGCACAAAAUGAGCAACUAAAUGCUGAUAGUGUGGAAGAUAUAUCUGAGCCCCUAACCCAUACCGUUCAAGUUCAUGGCUUCGAUGAAUUAGAUAAUGAGGCUGGGGUUGUUGAGCAGCCCGGCGAGACAACUACACUACUGACAACUUCGACAGAUUACAAUCGAACGGAUGAUGAUAAACUUAAAACUAGUCCCAGCUUCCACUUGAAGCCCAUAAGAUACAGAUCAUCCGAUACUCCCACCAUUAUAGAGGAGUGCAAUGAGGUGCCUAAUAGCCCGGCGCCUCUGCCACCCAAAACCGCACGAUGUAAUUUGGAAGCCGCAGAUGGACCACAGCUGAGAACACAAACCUCUACGCAAAGCAGCAAUGAGCCCAACAAACGACGGUCACGAACUUUUUCCCAACUGGAGACAUUCAAGGACAUGCUUGUAAUGAAUGCCCAACUUUAUAUAAAAGAAAACGUGCCAAGACCGCCAAAAAUAUUGACGAGACGCGUGGACGAAGCGAAUAUGAAAGCCACCUCAGGCUCACCUCCUCAAAGUCCCAAGACUCCUAAGGAUGUGGUGGACUUUUUUCUUCCACGACCCACCAAAGUGGUAAAUGGCAUACACCAGGAGGAUUUCGCUGCCAAGAGCAUUGCAUUUUUUGGAUGGAUAUCCUUUGUUACAAUGCGCAUGCUCUCAUUGUCCACAUUUUGCGUCUUCUUUCCCAAGGCUUUUCUCAUUAUUGUGGGCGUACACUAUCUGAUAAUGUUGGCCGCUCUAUUUCUGGAAUCCCGAUUCAAGGGGACCCUCAAUCGAACACUAUUCUACUUCCUCUUAGCCUAUGUCUACAUAUAUGUGUUGCUGGAGUUUCGCAUCAGAUUCAAGCACAUUCGGGUCUGGUUCGUAGGAUACUUUCUGCUAACCAUGGCCGAGAAUUUAACCAUGACAAUGAUAUGGUAUGCCCGAGAGGAAUUCGAAUCCUGGUGGUUCGGCUUCAUUUUUGAAGGCAUCAUUUACAGUGGCAUAUUGUUUGUGGCCACCAUAUUGGUCUACUAUUGCAUACUUAAGCCGAAAGAUGUUCUACUAUUAGUCGAGGAUAAUGAGCUCAGUCCAAGGAGGGAGGAGCAAAAUACGAAUACAAACGAAUUGCCACACGGAAAUUAGCCAUAAAUUAACAAAUAUUUUAAGAAGAAAAAUGCUAGUUGUAGUUGCGUUAUUUAAGAAUUUAAUUUACAUUAAAGUAUGUCGCGUU